AUGGAGAUUGAAAAAGAGUACCCUCACAUUCCGAAUGGAGUUCAGAAAGACGGGGGUGCAGCCCAUCGGGAGGAAGGUCAGGAAGAUGGGGAUCCAGCCCAUCGGAAAGAAGGUCAGGAAGAUGGGGAUCCAGCACAAGAAGAAGAUCAGAAAGAUGGGAAUCCAGCACAAGAAGAAGGUCAGGAAGAUGGGGAUCCAGCCCAUCGGGAAGAAGGUCAGGAAGAUGGGGAUCCAGCACAAGAAGAAGGUCAGGAAGAUCGGGAUCCAGCACAAGAAGCAGGUCAGGAAAAUAGGGAUCCAGCACAAGAAGAAGGUCAGGAAGAUUGGGAUCCAACACAACAAGGUCAGGAUGAUGGGGAUCCAGCACAAGAAGAAUGUCAGGAUGAUGGGGAUCCGGCACAAGAAGGUCAGAAAGAUGAGGAUGCAGCCUAUCAGGAAGAAAGUCAGGAAGAGAGUGAUGUAACCCAACAUGAAAGUCAGGAUUACGUAGAUGCAGCCCAUCGGGAAGAAGGUCAGAAAGAUGGGGAUACUGCUCUUCAAAAAGAACGUCAGGAAGAAGGGGAUACUUCCCUUGAUGACGAAGGUCAGGAAGACGGAGAUGCUACUCAUCGAGGAAAAGGUCAGGAAGACGGGAAUGCAGCAUAUCAAGAAGAAUGUCACGAAGACGGGGAUACAGCCCGUGAUGAAGAUGGUCAGAAAGAUUGUGAUGCAGAAUAUCAUGAUGAAGGUCAGGAAGACGGGGAUGCAGCCCAUCAGAAAGAAGGUCAGGAAGACGGGAAUGCAGCCCAUCAAGAAGAAAGUCAGGAAGAUGGGCUUGCGACCCUUCAGGAAGAAGGCCAGGAUGACAGAAAUGCAGCCCUUCAGGAAGAAUACGCUGUUAACGUGGAAGAUAACCAUCAAGUUGCACGGAGAAAGAGGAGACAACCCUUAAUCAACUGGAAACGCCUUCCGUGGGAACCAGACAUCACCUUCAGACGAGCUAUGCCAGAUCACGUGACGGUACCAAACCUACCGACCAAUCAGGAAGGAAGAAUCCCAGUUGCAGGCAGAGGAGAAGGCGCAGAAUUAAAUGAUGAAGAAAGCGAUGGUGAAGAAAUUAGGGAAAUGAAAAGAAAGCUGAAGGAGCAGGAAACAAGAGUAGACGAAUUUUAUUACACGAAAGAAAAGAAUGAUAGAGAGAUGGAGUCGGUGAUAGAGGAGACCGAGAGAGUACACAACAAGCUAAUGAGCCUCAGGGCGGCCAGGCGAAAACUGGAGGCGGAGAGAGACAGACUGGAGGCUGAGUUGUACGCCACUAAGAUGCACGUCAAAAACGUCGAGACAAAUGUGAACACGGAGGCCGCCGGGUACGAGGAGCUGAUAGAAAGGUUUGAUGCCCUCAAGACGACGAUUGAGACUCAAAAAGAGGCGUGUCCAGCCUCGUUCUCACUCUUGUUACAGUUAGAAGAAGAGCUCCUCGAAGAUUUGGAUUCUGCAUCGUGUUCGGAUGAUUUAUCAUUUUCUGAGGAAUCUCCACUUCCGGCCAUAGCAGAAGUUGACGACACUGGUGAAGAUUGUUCUGAAAAUCGAGUUGAAGAGAUUCUUGAUGGUUAA